UGGGGCGAGGCAGCACAGAUGAACAUUCACCUGUCCAGGUAAGUCAGGAGGAGGUCAGAAGAAGAAAACAGUAGGAGGCAGGUUAGGCAGGCUCUGUCUCGUCGCUUCCCUCUGAAACUAAGGGUAUUCUUUUCCUCUCUUCAGCCCCCCACCGGAAGGCUCAGCUUGGGACAUUCUUCGCUUCCCCUCGCUUCCCCUCUGGGAGUCCCUUUUGCCACCCCUGCACUUGCUUCGGGCGAUGCCAGAGAGGGAGCUGUGGCCGGCGGGGCCUGGCUCGGACGCCGUGACCCGCGUCGGCAGCUGGGACAGCAUGGCGAGCACCGCCUCCACCCGCUCUGGAUCUAGUGACAGCAGCUACGACUUCCUGUCUGCUGAGGAGAAGGAGUGCCUGCUCUUCCUGGAGGAGACCAUUGGCUCACUGGACACUGAGGCUGACAGCGGACUGUCCCCAGCUGAGUCUGAGCGAGUCGCAACACCCCGAGGUCCCCGAGCACUGCUCACAACCCUGCCUGUGCCCUGGGGACAUCCGGAGGGGACAGUCGUUCAGCAAGGACCAGAGCCGAGGAGAGGGACUCCGUCCGGCUUGUCCUACCCGCCCGAGCCCCAGGGCCUGGCUCUCAGGUCUGGCUCCUACAGCCUCCCCAGGAACAUCCACAUCAGCAGGAACCAGAACCUCAGGAAAAGCGCCGUCCAGCCCAAGAGCCACAACCUGGAGGCGUCGGAGGGGCUUGUCCCGGAGCCUGAGCAGGAGCGGGUCAGCCGAAGCGGUGUGCCGGGCCAGGCUCCGGCCAGCCCCAGGAAGGCCACCCUCGAUUUGGACACGCUCAUCCCCCCACCUGAGGCCUUCCGGGACCCCCGGCAGAGCAGUGGGGAGGCCCACCUGCCCGGAGGGCCCAGGGAGCAGAGGCACACGGCCCAGCUCCACACGUCACUUAGCCCUUGGAAGAGACCGGAGACUUCUUCAGAGGCCAUGUCCCAAACUGCCAAUGAGAAAGGCUCAGCGGGGGAACCAGGCCAACCUCGGCCUCCCCCUGCCGCGCUGUCCCAGACCUCAAGAGCUGGAGAUGCUCCCCUCCCAGCAGGAAGGGAUCCCAGUGCUGGACCGGCACCCCUCGCAGCCCCCAAGCCCCGGAAGCUGCCACCUAACAUAGUUCUCAAGAGCAGCCGAAGCAGCUUCCACAGUGACCCGCACAGCUGGCUGCCCCGCCACCCUGAGGCUGCCCCCGGCGAUGCUGGGCCGGCUGCCUCUUCUCUGCAGGAGCAGAGGAAGGCACGCAGGGAGGCGCUGGAGAAGCUGGGGCUGCCCCAGGACCAGGACGCGCCCAGCCUGCCUUUAGGCAAGCCCAGCAGCUCCGCCAGGCUCAGGGACACUGGUGCUCCAGCCGCCUCCCCGGCCGCAGCUCCGGCUCCGGCUCCAGCUGCGGCCCCGCCUGCGUCUCCAGCCCCGGCCUCGGCAGCUGCGCCCACUGCGGGGAAGGCUGCGGCGCCUGCUCCGGCCUGGGCACCUUCUCCACGGAAGGCUCCUGCUCAGCGGGAUUCUCCAAGCAGAGUUUUGACUCCUGCCCAGGAACCCAGUCCAGGGAAGGUUCCAGCUGUCAAGUCCAUGCCAGUUCCUAUCCCAAAGGCCCCGGGGGUAAGCAGUCCGCUGACUCAGCCAAAGCCGGUCGCAGGGCCGACUCUCCGGGAGAGCACCGUCCCUGGACUGAGACAGAUGAACUUCAAGUCCAACACCCUGGAGCGCUCAGGCGUGGGGCUGAGCAGCUACCUCUCAGCCGAGAAAGACCCCAGCCCCCAAACCAGCACCUCUCUGGGAAAAGGCUCCUUCCUGAACAAGGUCGCACCCAAUAUCUUGCGUAAUUCCCGGCCCCGCCCUGCCUCCUUGGGUGCAGGGAAGGACUUCGCAGGUAUCCAGGUGGGCAAGUUGGCUGACCUGGAACAGGAGCAGAGGUACAAGCACCUGUCCUACCAAGGACAGAGCCGGGACAAGCUGCCCAGACCACCCUGCGUCAGUGUCAAGAUCUCCCCAAAAGGCGUGCCUGAUGAACACAGACGGGAGGCCCUGAAGAAGCUGGGGCUGCUGAAGGAAUAGGCGCUGGCCACCAGCCUGCCCGCCCUGCCCCCGGGCAAGGGACUCGAGCCUCCACCUAGGAGGCUUUCCCGUCUCACGACUCAGGGCUGGGCAGGGCUGGGCUUCCCUCCAAUGCCCUCUGCUUUCUGAGGGGAGGGGGAGGGAGAGAUGGAGUCCGCGCGUGCGCUGAUAUUCAGGGUGGCUGUGCCAAUGGCUCCCUGCGUGAGUCAUCUUGAAGAUGAUUUCCACAAGACGGGGGGUGUGUGUUUGUAUGAUAGGCUGUAUAUAUCCCUGAAGCUAUUUAUAUGGCACAAGGCAUCAUUGCUCAGAUUUCUGCUGGUCUUGGGGGUCUUCUCACAUUGGGUAGAGUUCAGUCUAUCCAGGGCUGAGGGGAGAAGGGUGGUUAAGGCUGAGAAACAAAGUCAAAUGAGACAACGGAUAUGCCAGGGACGUUAGGCAAAUGCAGAGUCACAUGAAACGUGGGUGUCCCAGAAUCUCUGCAAUGUAUGGAGACCGUCUUACCUUGCUGGCCAUACCUUGCUGGACCCUCUCUCGGUUCCAGCCUUCCGGACAGGGGCCUAGGACAAGAGAAGUUGGCUUGUUAUCUCUUCUCCCACUGCCUUCUCUCCGUCCCAGUCCCAAGGAUAGCACACCUCCCUACAACUAAAACUCUUGGUUGACCGAGACCAGAAGAACUCUUGUUGGUCUGAGAAGGUGGGAUAAAGGACCACACAGCACAAAGAGGUUCCUUGUCCGUGGCUAGGUAAAUUCAGUGAUAAACUGAGUGGCCAUCCCUGACCGUGGUAUUCCAAUCCUUCCUGCUCCUUAUCUCAGUCUGCGCCUGCCUGACCCCAGGGCUGGGCCGGCACAGACAUGGGAGCCCAAGCCCAGAGGACUGAUAAAUACCAAAGAAUUGUUCUAGGCCUUUCUGUGCUACUGCAGUUUUAAAUUUCCUCACUUCCUAUGGGAAAUCAAUAUAGUACAUUCUCUGCUCGUUAUUCAUAGACUGUCAGAGCCGGGCGGGACCUUCGACAUGCUCCUAUCCAGCCCUGCUAGGGAAGGGAAGUGACUCACCAUGCUCACCACCAUUUAGCAAGGAGCUGGGGCUCCUGAUCCCCGUGCCCUGCUGUGUGCCCUGCCCCUAGGGACCCAUGUCACUGUCAAAGGCUCAACCUCCGAGGACUCCAUUUCUCAACUCCCUCUGAGGUCCUAAAAUGUCUUCUGGAACAUCAGACAUUAAAUGGUGUUCAGGAUCACA